UAUUUGGGAUUACGCGGCACUAACUCAGCGCUCACGUAGGUGGCCGGCUUUCAGUAGCCAUGUCUCGGUUUUGUUUUUUCCUGCUCAUCUCCGUUCUCUUUGAUUCAGCCCUUUCGAUUUCUUUCUUUUUACCGGUAAAUUCUCGUAAAUGUCUGCGGGAAGAGAUCCACAAAGACGUGUUGGUCACUGGGGAAUACGAAGUUAGCGAGCAGCCUAACACCAAGACCAAUCUUAAGAUUACAGAUUCCUCAGGCCACAUCCUCUAUUCAAAAGAAGAUGCAUCAAAAGGGAAGUUUGCAUUCACAACUGAGGACUAUGACAUGUUUGAAGUUUGCUUUGAAAGCAAAUCCCCUAUGGGAACUGGGCGUGUUCCGGACCAGCUUGUUAAUUUAGACAUGAAGCACGGUGUGGAGGCAAAGAAUUAUGAGGAGAUUGCCAAGGUGGAGAAGCUGAAGCCCCUGGAGGUGGAGCUUCGACGGCUGGAGGACCUCUCUGAGUCCAUCGUGAAUGACUUUGCCUACAUGAAAAAGCGUGAGGAGGAGAUGAGGGACACCAAUGAGUCCACAAACACUCGCGUCUUAUACUUCAGCAUCUUUUCCAUGUGCUGCCUGAUUGGGCUGGCCACCUGGCAGGUGUUCUACCUGCGGCGCUUCUUCAAGGCAAAGAAGCUCAUCGAGUGAAACCUUGCGUCAACAAGGGAACAGUUCGCCCGGUGGCCCCGUCCGGCCGCCAUCUAGAGCAGAGGCAGGGCAAAGCAAUCUAGUUGUGGGGAGUUAAUCGAAGGGGUCAUUGAAGAGUGGGUGCAAUGAGGUCAUUCCCAUGAGAGUUAAAAUUUACCACUGAAGUACUUCUGAUAUGUUUCACUUUUUCCACCCACUCCCAAACCGUUAGGUAGCUUUCAUUCCCUCCACUGUAUUUUUUUGUUUGUUCUUUUUGGAUUUUAUGAAUGGUGUCUUCAGAAGAAGAUGCAUCUUGGUAUGUAAACCAAGUUAAUACGUGUGCAAAGCUUCCGAAUUGUUUUGAAUGUUCUACUCCAUUCCUUUUUUUUUCCAUUGUUGUUUUUAUUGGUAAAUGGAAUGGGUGUCUGGUCUGACUAAUGAAGGUUGAGAAGGUCAUAAUGUCUAAAUUGAACUUGUUACAUCAUUUGUUAAAAGUUGUUAAACCAUUUGUAAAGUUGCAGAUUUGUCAUAUAAAAUGACUUGCUGACUUUUGUCUGAAUGGGUUCAUAUGACACACCAUGAAUGUUUCGUUAACAUAUGGGUACCUUGCAUCUACCCCUGCCCAAGUUGUUAAUUUAUGAAGUCAUAAUCUGUUUUUAAUUAUUGAAAUCGGGAGCUGGAGGAAACAGGGAAAACUGCUGAAUGAAAUGGUGCAAUUUUAGAAUCCAGCUUGACAAAUGGCCAUUGUAGCUGAAGUAAAUAAUAAACCUACAUCACCUUCCUUUUGCACUCUGAAAGGAACUUUUCCUCUUAUGAUUAUAAAGUGCUUCAGGUUUUUUUGAACUUAAAUCGUAGACAACAGCUGAAGGUUUUGAAGGUCAUGUUGAUACUCAGGACUCUCUCAAAGCUUUUAUUUGAAGCUCUCAGAGCAAAAAAAAAAAAAAAAA